AUGGGUGACAAUGGUGAAAAUCGCGACGAAUCUGGGAACCAACUUGCAAGUAGUUCAUCACUAUCCUUGAACAGCAAUGAUAACAGACAGAGUGAUGAUGUGCAAGUUCCGAUGAAUGUCGACAAAGAUUCUCCAUCCAAUACGAACGAAAAGAAUACGUCUGAGCAUACUGUCCACGAAGUUCCAACAAUUCAAAGGCAACCAUCUUCUGAUUCGGAUACACCCGAAUCUUUGAACGACAAUGGCAUAUCGUAUGAGAAAGAUGAACCUGAUUUAAUUGAAACGUUGUUAGCUAAACAAUCAGGUGAAACAGCUAAAUUGCUUGACCGUCUCCUUGGCUGCGCUUAUGGACAAGCUCUUGGUGAUGCAUAUGGGUUAGCAACAGAAUUCGAAGAUCGUGCACUAGUUCAACAAAAUUAUCCGGAUCUUACAAAACUAAUCCCAUUUCCAGAUUAUAUCUCCACUCAUCACAAUCGUCGAUGGGCACGCGGCGAUUGGACUGACGAUACGGAUCAAUGGAUUCUUAUUCUGGAAACAUUAAUGGAGCCAGACGGUGAUGUGAAAUUGUUCGCUAGAAAACUAAAAUCCUGGAUUCAAAGAGGCUAUCCAGAAUUAGGAGAUCAUGGUGGAAUGGGUUUAGGAGCAAAUGUAUCACAGGUUGUUCAUUCUACUGGUUACUUGACAGAUCCUCUUGCAGCCAGUGAAGUUGUAUGGAUUCGCAGUGGUCGACAAGCAGCACCCAACGGAGCGGUCAUGAGAUGUUCGGCAUCUGCUCUAGUCCAUUUUCAAGAUAAAGACAAGAUGAAAGAUACAACAAUGAAUAUGUGUAAAGUGACUCAUUUUGAUCCUCGAUGCCUUGCUUCAUGUCUUGCAGUUUGUUUAACUAUUACUUAUUUACUGAACGAAAAAGAUGAGAAUGUUGAUAUUGAAUCAUUGAUUGAGCGCGCUCAAACGGAAACUAUAGACACUCUUGGCGAUCAGCUUUCGACAGCACAUCGUGAAGCAUUCUUAUGGCAUACUGAUAAGAGCCGCACUCUCAGUGACUUAGACCUUGACGAGCCAAGAAGUAUUGGCUAUACAUACAAGUGUUUAGGCUCCGGUUUUUAUGGACUGAGAUCUAAUGAAUCAUUUGAAAAAACUCUUAAUGAUCUUAUUCGAUAUGGUGGUGAUGCUGACACAAAUGGGGCGGUGUGCGGAACAAUGUUUGGAGCAAGAUAUGGUUAUAAGAAACUACCAAAAGAAUGGCUACGUGCUACUCCUUAUAAGAAAUGGUUCGAUAAAAAGCUAAUUGAUAUUGAUCUAAUCGUACAUGAGCAUUUUUUCAUCGAUCCUGACAAACAAGCUAACGUGUCAAUAAACAUGAUUUUCAUCAUUAUCUUAACAUUCAUCACCAUCAAUCAGUUUGCUGAUUGUCAAUUUUGGAAUACAACUGGUGAGAUUCUUCCAUGGGAAUCUUAUUUAGAAUUGGGUCACAUCGAACGGCCAUUGGGUUUGACACUCAACCGUUCUUCAAUAGCUCAUCAUCAUUUUUCAAUCGGAUAUCUAUGUCUACAAUCAUUUAUGUAUGACGAAGCACAAGAUGCUUUUGAUCUUGCCAUCAAUGCCACGCCUACAUUUCUCGAAGCAUACAUCGGUAAAAUGCUCGCAUGCAAACAUGCACUGUGGGCAGAUACUGAUUUCGUGUGUGGUCUGACUGCUUAUAAUUCAUCGAAAACAAUGUUGACAACAUCCAAUAUCACACCAACAACGCUGCAAUCGCUGUUGCUUGCUAGUGUUUAUGAAUGGUUUGCAAAUCAGUCAUCGGUGACAGCAGGCGAACUAGCAUUUUUGUCAUCGAUUGAGAAAGUAGCAAAAAUGUACACAAACGAAACAGACAUUCAAGUUUUAUAUGGUUUAGCACUUUUGAAUGUAGCUUAUCAGAGUCAAUACGAAAGUCAACUCGAUCCGAAGCCAAUGGCGAAAUCGCGAGAAGUAUUGAAACUCGCUUUGAGAAAAGAGCCAACACAUCCAGGGGCUCUUCAUUAUUUAAUUCACGCUUACGACGUCGAUCGAGUGACAACAGCUGAAAAGGCUACUGAAUUCGCCAUAACUUUCAAUAAAACCGUUCUAACUCUUUCACAUGCACAACAUAUGCCGGCGCAUAUUUGGAUGCGGAUAGGUGCGUGGCUCUCAGCUAUAUCCGCCGAUCGAACAGCGGUCGAAGUAAGUUUUGGACUAUGCGCUACGAAAAUACUCCAGCAACAUGUAUCCAUCUCGUCUUCCGAUUUACCAUCGAUAUUGAUGCGGUUUAAUUCCUCAAAUGACGUUCGUUUAUUUCUGCAAUGUGAUGCUGAAAAUCGAGCUCAUUCUACCGAAUGGCUUAGUUACUCUCGUUUGCAAGCAGGUGACUGGUUAGGAAGUGUUUCUUUGCUACGAGAUUUAUUUCUUGCUGAGAAUCAAUCAUCGUUAACACCGCUUCAUUAUUUACCGUUCGCAUAUCGAACACAAGCGCGUUCUGUUGUCGAGAUUUUCUUCUGGUUUCCAUACGACGAUCAAUUUCUCGACAAAUCACAAUCUUUGCUAGUAUUCAAUAAAGAUCAACCAUUAGUUUUGUUUGGCGAUAAUGCUACAGGAUUCUACCAAAUAUGGAGUGAAGCAGGCUAUCGAUUCGUCGAUUGUCUUCAAUUGUUGACUAAUUUUCGUUCGAGUAAUAACAAAUCUGACGUUUUCUCGACGAUUGAUCGUCAUCUUGCUCGUUUGGACAUCUUAUCGAAUCGAACAAUACCCUUCAGUAGAUAUGUAGCAAAUAACAUUCAAAUGAUGAUACCGCAAAUUCGUGGAAUGCGCGCUUUUGUUAAUGGAUCAUGGCAGGAAUGUUUGAAUGAACUAUUCGCAGCUACUCAGCUAGAAUCAAAGGUGUUAUCCAACGGAAACAAUCCAACAUUGAUAUUUGCACGUUCAUCAGAGUUACUAGCUUUACAUUUCUUACUGAUGUAUGAAAAAUAUCAAGACAAUAUGAAUUCGACUGAUUCUUUUAUUUACAAAUUGAACGGCACAGAAAUUUCUGUAGAUAAAUUUCCAUCUCUAGCAUUGGAUUAUUAUGAAAAAGCCGAUAAGCUCGCUCCGAACCGAGCGAUUAACACACUUGGUAUGGCUCGAGCAAAUGCUCAUCUCGAUCGGGCACACACAGCAACGAAUUUAUACCGACAACUCAUUUUUCAAAUGACUUCAGCGAACUAUAGUGAUGAAAAUUUCCUUCAAGAAGCAAAUGAAUUCCUUGAACAACAUAAUUCGACGAUAAGCCGCACUUUGCCGGUCAUUUACAAUCAAAUUAUUUCUCAAUCGUGGAAUACAUCUGAUGGUAUUCUACCGUGGGAGAUCUAUGCACAAUUGGCGAAUAUACAACGUCCGUUGGGAAUAUCAUUAAAUCAAUCUUCGCUAGCACACCAUCAUUUCGCUAUCGGAUACUUUUGUUUGCAUUCGUUUAUGUACGAUGAAGCUCAACAAGCUUUCGAUCUGGCAAUUGAAACUGAUCCGACAUUUAUCGAAGCCUAUGUUGGUAAAAUGCUCACAUGUAAACGCCCGUUGGGAUCCUAUACAGAUUUUCAAUGUGGAUUAGAUGUGUACAAUAACAUCUCAAGCAUAGAAUCGAAAUAUACUGUCACAUUGACAUCUCAACAGUCUUCUCUUAUUCAAACUGUUUAUACUUGGUAUUCAAAUCAAUCAUCGGUAGCAGCUGGAGAAUUGGCGUUCUUGUCUGCGAUUGAGAAACUAGUCGAGGCGUCUCCGAGUGAGACUGACUUUCGAGUUUUGUGGGGUUUAUCGCUUUUGAAUGUUGCAUUUCAAUAUCAAUACGAGGGUCAAAUGGAACCAGAACCAAUGAUCAAAGCCAGAGAAGUAUUACAAGUUGCUCUAACAAAUGAACCGACACAUCCAGGUGCUCUUCACUAUAUGAUACGAGCUUAUGAUGUUGCUCAAAGCAACAUUUCCGCAAAAGCAAUAGAUUUUGUAACUAAAUAUCAAAAUUUAUCGUCACAAUUGUCCUAUUCGAAACAUAUACCGGCUCUAAUUUUUAUGCGUACAGGAUCCAUGAUUUCGGCAAAAUCGUCGGAUGAAACAGCGCUGAUUGACAGUUUAACAUUGUGUUUGAUCAAAAUACUCGGGCGUAACAGCACAAUACCCUCAAGUCAACUCAGCUCUAUUUUAGCACUGCUGAAUUCAUCAUCUCAAAUGCAAUCCUUUCUUCUUUGCGAUGCCAGAAAUCGCGCGACAUUCACCGAAUGGUUGUCUUUCUCUCGUUUACAAACAGGCAAUUGGCAAGGAACACUCUCUCCAAUACUCGAUCUUUAUAUUGCAUACAAUCAAUCACAACCACCAUCGAAUCUAUAUUUAUCAUAUGCAUAUCGAACUCGAGCUCGGGCUGUUAUAAACAUUUUCUACUGGUUACCUUAUGAUACUCAAUUUAUUGACAAAGCAAAUGAAAUCCAACGAUUGAGUGAAACACUAGAUUUCAUAGCAUCAAGCGAUGAUAAGACCGAUUGGGAUUUAUCAUGGAGUGAAGCAGGAUAUCGACUAAGUAUGUGCCUUCGACUUUUGACAAGCGUCAAUACAAGCUAUUCGGAUCCGACAGUUAAAGCGACUAUAGAUGAACAUCUUGCUCGUUUUGCUGUUCUUGCAAAUCGAACAGCGCCGUUGAAUAAAUAUAUCUCAACUAGUAUUUCAUUGAUGAUAUAUCAAGUUCAAGGAAUAAUCUUUUACAAAAACAAUUCACUCGAAGAAUGUUUAAAUGUAUUACGACAAGCGGCACUAGCUGAGUCUCAACUUGUUAUGGAUAAUAAUAGCCCGACAUUGAUAUAUGCACGCUCAUCCGAAUUACUCGCAAUGCAUCUCUUACUUAUUCAUCGAAAAUAUAUCGAUUCAACGGUACCAGCUAAUUUGACAACUUACAUGUUAAACAGUACUGCCAUUACUGUAAGUCAAUUUCCGCAGUAUGCGUUGAAUCUCUAUGAGAGUGCGGAUAUGUCGGCACCUAAUCGAGCAAUCAAUAUUCUCGGUAUGGCUCGCGCCUAUUCGCAGCUUCGGUAUAAUAAUGCUGCUGAGCGACUUUAUCAAAAAUUACUUGAUCAAAUCACUUCGUCGAAUAAUGCGGACUCUGUUUUUGCAGAAGAGGCAAAUCAUUUCAUAGCACAAAAGGGUGAGUUGACUGGCUCUGCUCACGACGAACGAUUUCGUUUUCAUUCUAUUGUAAUUAGUCUUGUCUUUAAUUUGUCUGUUUAUUUUCUACUGAUUAAACAAUAA